CAGAAGUACCCGGAAGUAAAUGGUGGGGGAAAACAAACCACUCAACUAGAACUACUUUUAUUUUUAGCCAAAGAGUAGCAACCUCGGGAUACACUGUGUUGAACAGCUACAGGGGCACAAUGCUCGUCGGGUUAAUCAAUCUCUCGGAUUUCAAACUAAAUAGCGCCGCUACAGCCCAGUCAUUCAUUACCGGCCAGUCUGCAUCGACGGCGGCGAGGCAAAGACGAGUCGCCUCUGGGAAGCAUUUGGACACCGGCUUGCACCGACAUCCCUUUAGCUAAUACAUAUAAACUUUUAACUGAGCUUCUGUCUCGUCCAGCCGGCGGGAACCGACGGAUAUUAAACGAUGUCCGUCCUUGCUAACGGUCGCUUUAUGUAUUUUGCUUUUGGAAGUAAUUUGUUGAAGGAAAGACUACAACUGGCAAACCCCUCAGCAAUGUUUUGCACGACCGGCCGACUAAAGGACUAUAAAUUGAACUUUGGCCUGUAUGAGAAAUAUGUGGAAACCAUUUGGCAUGGUGGAGUGGCCACCAUUGAGUCCUGUCCAGGAGCAGAAGUGUGGGGGGUUAUUUGGACUUUGAGCAACAAAAACCUCCCAAGCCUAGACAACCAGGAAGGGGUGAGUAAGGGAAUGUACUCUCCACUCGAGGUUUCAGUGGAGACCGACAAAGAACUCAUCCUCUGCAGGACUUAUCAGAUGAACAAUUUCCACGCCUGCCCUCCCUCUCCUCAGUACAAACAGGUGGUGUGUCUGGGUGCAGAGCAGAAUGGACUCCCGGUGGAGUACCUGAAGAGGCUGGAGGCCAUUCAAACCAACAACUACAGCGGCCCCUCAGUCCUUGAUCAAAUCAGAACAGUCAUGAAGUAAAGAUAAAAAUCCUUGACUUAGGAAAUAUCAGUUAAGUUCUCAAAUUCACUUACUAGCAGUUUCUGGAGCUUUCUGGAACAGUCUCCAUUAUUACCUUAAUCAUGUAAGUAAUAGUAAUAAUAAUAUAAUAAUAAUAAUAAUAGUAUAAUGUACUAAUAAUUUAUAGUAUGGUGAUGAAUUAUGAGAGAUUCAAGUGACCAGACCCUGGAAAAAGUUAGUAUCUGGACCCUGAGUUUUUCUUUAAGCUCUUUCUAAAUCAAAAAUGAAAGACUGUUAUAAAAUUGAAUCGGCACCACCAUGUGGUCAGAGGUUGGUAAUGCAUGCACUCAAUAGCCUUACCUUUUAUUUCGAGCUGCUGCUAUCAAACAAUUAAUGUAUUUUAUUUAAGAUCCAUCACAAUGGAAGACUAAAAUGUAUGUAGCAGGCGGAAAUUUGUUUUAUUUUAGAAUUUCUCAGAGGAAUAUUAAACACUGAUGAAACACC